AAGAAAAAAAUCAAGAAAAAGUCUUUAAAAGUGGUUUCACAAUACAAUUUGUUAAUCAUGAGCCAUUGGCGAGAUAACGGACCUGGACCAAUCCCUAAACGAUGGCUUAACUGUCCAAUCCGAUCUGAAGAAUUCAUCGCAAAAAAAUUUGUUGCAUUCAAAACUCCUUUGAAUGAACAAUUUGAUUCACAAGUCGGAGAUCGAUUCUUCUAUCCAUAUAUGAUGUUUGAUUUAAUAAAAACAUAUUUUAAGGCUAAAAUUGGUCUCUGGAUCGACCUCACAAACACUUCAAGAUUUUAUGAUCGAGCAGAAGUCGAGAAGAAAAAUUGUCGCUACGUCAAACUUAGAUGUAAAGGCAUAGGCGAGACACCUUCUCCCGAGCAAACUAAAUCAUUCAUAGAAAUUGUUGACGAAUUUGUGGCUAAUAAUCCAUUAGAGAUUGUUGGAGUUCAUUGCACGCAUGGAUAUAACCGAACUGGGUUUCUAAUUGCUUCAUAUCUGGUUGAAAAACAUGAUAUAUCUGUUGGAGCGGCUAUUCAAAUGUUUGCUCAAGUAAGACCGCCAGGAAUUUACAAACAAGAAUACAUAACAGAACUUUACAAGCGAUAUGAUGACGAGGAUGAUGCAACACCAGCUCCACAACUUCCCGACUGGUGUUUCGAAGAAGAGGAAGAAGAUUUCGUUGAUCAUGGCAAUUCAUAUAGUGGCACAACAUCUUCAAAUUCAUUUUCACAAAGCGAAUCAAAAGGAAAUAGAAAACGAAAAGAUGAAGAACAAAAGAACAUUGGCGAGGAUGAUGUCAUUGAUCCAGAAGAUCUUGAGGAUGCUUCAAAUGGUGGUAGAGGUGGUCCUAGUAAAAAGAAACGAAGAACUGAACAUAUACGACUUGAUGCUAUGUUUAUGGAAGGUGUGAAAGGCGCGACUUUGAUGACUGAUAGAAAGAAAGUUAACACACUUCAACGAGUAAUUCAAGACAUGUGUGGGUGGGAGAAGCCGGGAUUCCCUGGUUCGCAGCCUGUUUCAAUGGAUCGUGAAAAUUUAAAACUUCUCCACACAAAACCGUAUAAAGUUUCAUGGAAAGCUGAUGGAACUCGCUACAUGAUGCUGAUUCAAGAUUACCAAGAAAUUUAUUUCUUUGAUCGUGACAAUUCUUGCUUUAAAAUUGAUGGACUUACAUUUCCCAACAGCAAAGAUCUCACGAAACAUGCCACAAAUACUCUGCUGGAUGGUGAGAUGGUGAUUGAUAAGGUUGAAGGCAAACGAGUGCCACGAUAUCUCGUUUAUGAUAUUGUGCGAUAUGAAGGUGAAGAUUGUGGAAAGAAAUCUUUUGAAAACCGAUUGAAAACGAUUAAAAAUCUCAUUAUUGGACCGCGACAUGAGGCAAUUGCACGUGGAAUUAUUAACAGAGAAUUGGAACCUUUUGGUAUAAGAAUGAAAGAUUUUUGGGAUGUCACAACAGCUGCUGCGCUUUUGGGCCCUAAAUUUGCUAAACAACUCUCACAUGAACCCGAUGGAUUAAUCUUCCAGCCAAAGCUAGAGCCAUAUGUCAGUGGACAGUGUGAUGAUGUGCUGAAAUGGAAGCCAGCAGAACAAAAUUCAGUUGACUUUCAACUGAAGAUAAUUGAAGAAUGUGGAGUUGGAAUCUUAGCAAAGAAACGUGCGUUGUUAUUUGUUGGAUCAUUAACAACACCAUUCGCUGAAAUGAAGUUUACGCGAGACAUUAAACAAUACGACAACAAAAUCAUUGAAUGUAAAUUCGAUAACAGCACAAAUCAAUGGAUGUUUAUGCGAGAAAGAACUGAUAAAUCUUAUCCGAAUGCUUAUAAAACUGCAGUAUGUAUGAUAAAGGCGCUUCAAAGAUCAAACCAAUUAUUCAAGAUGCCAAUAAAAAUGUUAAGUGCAAGUUAUUCAUCAACAAAUCCUCAAAAUCUUCCACGUCUGCCUGUUCCCAAGUUGGAAGAUACUUUGACGAGGUUUCUAGCAACUACUGAACCUCAUCUGACAGCAGAACGAUUUGAAAACACCAAGAAUGUCGUCAAAGAGUUUGGUCGAGUUGGAGGUGUCGGAGAAAAGCUUCAGAAGUUGUUGGAAAAACGAGCUGAGACUAAAGAAAACUGGCUGUCUGAUCCAACUUCCAACUGGUGGCUUAACUGCGCCUAUUUGCAAUACCGAGAUCCAGUCGUUGUCUGGAGUUCCCCUGGGCUUGUUUAUCCGCAAAGAAAAUUUGUAACUGUUGAUGACAAAAUCAAUUACGCUGCAAAAGUCAUUCAAUUUGCACUUCGUUACAAAAAUCUCAUUGACACAAAUCAAAUUCCUGUUGAGAAAAUGGGAAAAAAUGAGUUGGACAUGCAACAAUUUCAAAAAGUUUUCGGAACUUGUCGCAUUCCUGGUGUUGAAGCUGAUUCUGUUGAGUUUAAUCCAACUUCAAAACAUGUCGCUGUUAUUGUGAAUGAUGUUUUCUUCAAAGUUCCGGUGUAUGCUGAUGACGGAAGUAUUUUGGGUGAAAAUCAACUUCAAGAUCAACUCCGUGAAUGCAUCAAUGUUGGCAGCAAACAGAAGAAUGCAUUGAAAGUUGGCGUUUUGACAUCAGACAAUCGUGACAAUUGGGGAAAAGCUUAUCAAGAGUUGACAAAGAAUGUCAACAAUCGUCAGUCAGUCAGAGAAAUUCAACAAUCACUUUUCGUGUUGGCAAUCGAUCGUGAAAUGCCACAAAUUCAAGACGACACCGUCACUGCUGAACACACGUUAGUGACAGGGGCUGGUUCGAAAUACAAUUCAAGCAAUAGAUGGUACGACAAAACAGUUCAAUUCAUCAUUGGAAGCACGGGAAUCAAUGGAUUAACUUACGAACAUUCACCAGCUGAAGGUGGACCCAUUUCGAUUAUCGGCGAUUUUAUCAUUAAAAAUGUUUUAGAACAAGAAUCUGGAAAAUCUCAACCGAUGAACGCUUCUGGAAGUUAUCAAAAGCCAGCAUUACUUAACUUUGUAUCGUCUCCCCAAAUCGAAGAAGCAAUUCGUCUUUCGUCACACAACAUUGAUAAGCUUGCUGGUGAUAUCGACAUGGGUUACCUUCACUUCAACGAUUAUGGAAAGAAUUUCAUUAAAAGUCAAAAGUUUUCACCCGACUCUUAUAUUCAAAUGGCAAUUCAAUUUGCUUUUCAUCGAUUACAUCAUUUACCAGGUGCAACGUAUGAAAGUGCUGGUACAAGGUUGUAUGUUCAUGGUAGAACUGAAGUCAUUAGAAGUUGUUCAAACGAAUCUGUUGCUUUUGUCAAAGCGAUGAUGGAAUCGAAGAAUGAUCAAGAGAAAGUGGAAAAGUUGAGAAAAGCAAUUGAUUCUCAUAAAAAAUAUGUGAACCAAGCUGUGCAAGGUUUCGGUGUUGAUCGUCAUUUACUCGGACUUAAACUUAUCGCAAAGGAAAACGGAAUUCCUGUCCCUGAAAUUUACUCCGAUGAAGGAUACGUGAAGAGUUCAAAUUUUAGACUUAGUACAAGUCAAGUCGCUUCAAUUUACGAUGCAUUUAUGUGUUAUGGACCUUUGACUAAUGACGGUUAUGGAUGUUGCUAUAGCCCAAGAAAUAAUGAUAUUUGGUUUGGAUUAUCAAGCAUGAGAUCCAACAGUGAUACAAGCACUGAAACAUUUAAGAAGAGUCUUCAAGAAGCGCUUCAAUUGAUGUAUCAGUUGUUGAUGCAAGAAACUUUCAAAUAUUAUAAAAAUAAAACGAAACCACCUGAUUUAGAGACUGUCAUUGAUUGUAACGACGAAAAUAACAAAAAUAUCAUCAAAAUAAAUAUAAAUAAGAAGCAAAACUUAAAGAUUGGUCUUAUACCUGAAGAUCAAUGGAAAGUUUAUAAGUUCAAAGAGAAGCCGGGAUUGAUUUUAAUUAAAAAUCCUUUCACGCCAAUGGGCCAACGAUAUUGGAUCAGAAAACUUUUAAAAGAUUACACAAAGUUUCCGAAUCCAAAUAAUCUUCUACCUGCUCGUUUUAAUCAAAAUAUCAUUAAUGACUUUUGGAACUCUUUAAAUAAUGAAUCAGAUGAACAACAAAGGAAAUUGAUAAAGAAAUCAAUGCGAUGGACAACUCUUGGAUAUCAUUACGAUUGGACAAACAAAAUUUAUGAUGAAAAUUUAAAGAAUGAUUUUCCAUUGGAAUUAAAUCGAUUAAUUAAGGUUAUUGCUGAUACUUUAGGCUUUAAUCAUUACAAGUCGGAAGCUGCCAUAAUAAAUUUCUAUCCACUGGGAUCAACUUUAGCUGCUCACACAGAUCAUUCUGAAUUUUUCCUUGACUCGCCACUUUUCUCAGUUUCAUUUGGACAAACAGCCAUUUUCUUAAUUGGAGGAACUUCACGAGAAGAUGAAGCUCUUCCAAUCUUACUCGAAUCUGGUGACGUUCUUAUAAUGUCUGGAGAUAGUCGGCUUUGUUAUCACGCUGUGCCUCGUGUAUUUAAACAUAAUGACAAGUCACCAUGGGACGGUAGUCAAAAUUCAACAAAUUGUUCCGAUCUUAAUGGUGAUGAAGUGAAUCAAUGUUUGAAGAAAGAUGACUGGCAACUUUAUGAGAAUUACUUAACCGAUAGUCGCAUUAAUGUAAAUGUGCGUCAGGUUAACAAAUAAAUAUUUAUUUAAAACACACGUCAAUUGAUCUUUUUAAUUUGCAUAAUUCGUUAUACUUAAUACUUAAUAAGAUCGUUCAAAAUCGUUUAAAAUAAAGAUAGAAGCU